UAUUGCCAUCUAGUGGCGACCUUGUGCACUGCAUGGUGAAUAAAAGACUACAAUUCCCAAGUUGCAGCCAAUUCAGAGACAGAGGUGGUCCACCUGUGUGGAAGAUGCCGACACAAUUAUUACAACUAUUUAACGUUUAUCAUCCAACAGAAACAUAAAGAGAAUCUUACUUUGCUUCAAUAAACGCUUUUAUGUUGAGUUGUGCCUCUUGUGUUGUUGUGUUCACUCUGACUGAGAGAGUAUUCUCUGAGUCUCAUUUGAGUGGAAACUAUUUUAUUUGUAUUAACCACAGAAGCCUUGUAGCUAAGAGUAAAACUGAUAACCUGAAGGAUUAGCAGAUGUGUUUCAAAAGGUGUUCAGAGUGGUUGAAGGAAGCGGUGACAGGAAGGAAACUGGUGUGGGCUACUUUCAGAGAAACAGUUUGAUGCCACAUCACAAAGAGGUACAAUGGAUCCAACAAGUCUUCAACGCCUCGUCUCAGCAUACAGACCUGUUGAAGUGUCCUGGGUGUCGCAGUAAACUCACACUGUGGUUUCUCCUCAGUCCUCACCUCCCUGCUGAGCUGCUCCACUAACCAGGGUCAGUACACUUUCUCCGUCUCACAAACUCAGAGCUGAGUCUCUGUUGACCUGAUGCAUCACUCUCAGACUCGUCUCACGGUGACUCCAAGCAGCUCUCAGGUGUUUAGAGAUGAACCUGUCUCUCUGAGAUGUGAGGACGCCUCUGAGGGAUGGACUGUGAGGAGAAACACGAGCAUUGAUAACAGAGCUGAGUGUGGAGUCGACUGGGGAACAUUUGCUGGUUUCUCCUGUACCAUCGACUCCUCUGACCCUUUGGACAGUGGAGAGUACUGGUGUGAGUCCACAGAGGGAUCCACCAGUAACACCAUCACCAUCACCGUCUCUGGUGGAUCAGUGAUCCUGCAGAGUCCUGCCCUCCCUGUGAUGGAGGGAGAUGACGUCACUCUGACCUGUAGAACAAAGAUGGCCGACCCCCCCUCUGCUGAUUUCUUCAAAGAUGGCGUCUUCAUUGGGACUGAGUCUGAUGGUCACAUGACCCUCCUCCAUGUCUCCAGGUCUGAUGAAGGCCUCUACAAGUGUAGCUUCCAGAGUAAAGAGUCUCCAGAGAGCCGGCUGUCUGUCUCAGAAAAACCUACGACCUCCAUGGAGCCGCCCACAGCCUCCUCUGCACCUCCUGCCUCCUCCCUCCACCUUGUGUUCAGGCUGCUCCGCCACCUGGUGGUUUUCUGCCCGUACUGCAUCUGCACUUACAUUGUGGUGUCUUUGUAUCGAGAGAGGGCCAGAGGAAACGACUCGUCUGUCUCCGUGGCGAUGACCCCGCCCACCCACGCUGAGCAGGGAUUGGAUGAUGACUGCGAUGAUGUCAUGUCUGCUGUCACCACGGAGCAUCAGUUCUGAUCUGAAGUUAAAGAAGUCUGAACUCCUCCGUAGAUCAGAAACUCCACGUGUUAUAGUUCUUAUGGGGUGAUAUAAUUACACAUUGUACUAUUAUAACUUGAACACCAUCUUUAAAUUGGUUCAAAAAGAUUGUUUGUUUUUGCUAAACAAAUAAUUCUGUGUUACUGAAAUAAAGUAUAUCUU